UGCCUUUACUCCUGCUGCCAACUACCCUGUGCAAUCUCUGUAGACUUGUUGAUAUGGACUUCCAGAGGGUAUUGUCAUUGUGCUAUUAUUGGUGCUGUUCAUCAUGUUGGCCAAGAUGCUCUCUACAACUGGUUAUGCUGCCAAAGCCAAAAGGAAUCCUAAUCCUAACAAUAAUAUAUGGAGGCCCAUUCUUCUUUUUCUUGCAAACUUGGGACACGGAGAAAAUUGAACGGACAUGGAGAGAAUUGAGCCGGAGGAUUCUUUUGGAGGACAACAACAGCACUUGAGCGGCACAGAGUAGAAGCUAAUUAUAUGAGCACCAAUAUUUAUGGGGUUAAUUCACCACUGCCAAUCCGAAUAAUUAUAUAGGGUUUGUUAAAAAAAUUUAGGCGGCUAUUUGGUAGUUUCAAGGCCGAAUUCCAAACACCAAAAAAAUAAAACCAAAACCAAAAAAUAAAUACCUC